CAAGAAAACAUGAGUUACUCCAGCGAUAUGUACAGUAGCAGUUCCUAUCGGAAGAUUUUCGGCGAUGCCCCGCGGUCCGGCCGCGCUGGCGUGGGCAGCAGCAGCCCGUCCCGCGUGCAUUCCUCGGGGUACCGCAGCCGCACUUACGGGUCGCCCUCGGUCAUCUCUUCCAGCAGCUACCGCAGGACCGCCGCCCCCGGUCGCGCGUUCUCCUCCAUGCAGGACUCCCUGAUGGACCUGAGUCAGUCCACGGCGGUCACCAACGAGCUUAAAAUCAUCCGAACCAACGAGAAGGAACAACUGCAAGGUCUCAACGACCGCUUCGUGUCCUUCAUAGAAAAGGUGCACAACCUAGAGCAGCAGAACAAAGUUCUCGAGGCCGAGGUGACGUUGCUGCGGCAGCGCAACAACGAGCCGUCUCGACUGCACGAGCUCUAUGAGCAGGAGAUCCGCGAGCUUAGAGCGCGAGUUGAGGAGCUGACCCACGAGAAGAGCCAGAUGCACCUGGACUGCGUGCAGAUGAACGAGGCUCUGGAGCGCCUGCGGGAGAAGCUGGACGAGGAGACUAGGCUGAGAGAAGAGGCGGAGAACACCCUGAAGGGCUACCGCAAGGAUGUGGACGACGCCACCUUGGCCCGCCUGGAGCUCGAGAAGAAAGUGGAAUCGCUGCUGGAUGAGAUCGCGUUUCUCAGGAAAGUUCACGAGGAGGAGCUGCAGGAGUUGCAGUCAUCCCUGCAGGCCACGCAGGUGUCAGUCGAAAUGGACAUGAGCAAACCGGACUUGGCUGCAGCCCUGAAGGACAUCAGGGCCCAGUAUGAGAACCUGUCAUGCAGGAACCAGGCCCAAGCGGAGGAAUGGUACCGUUCGAAGUUUGCGACGGUGACCGAGGCGGCGGCUCGCAACCAGGACGCCAUCAAGCACUCCAAGGAGGAGCUGACCGAGUACCGCAGGCAGGUGCAAGCCCGCACCCUGGAGAUUGAGGCCCUCAGGGGCCACAAUGAGGCUCUGGAGCGGCAGAUUGCUGAGAUGGAGGAUCGCCAUAACAAUGAAAUUGGAGACAUGCAGGAUACCAUUCAGCAGCUGGAGGCUGCACUGCGCAGCACCAAAGGAGAAAUGUCCCGUCACUUGCGGGAAUAUCAGGAUUUGCUCAAUGUCAAAAUGGCACUUGACAUUGAAAUAGCUGCUUACAGGAAACUGCUGGAAGGUGAAGAGUGCCGCCUCAGCACUGUCGGUGGUGCCAUGGUGCAGUCCGGUUACCCAGGCUUCUCCUAUAUGCCAUCCCGCACCUACUCCAUGGGAGCCUACAGGAAGUCCAAGCCGGAGGAAGAGGAAGAGGAAGGAGAAGAAGAGGACAAGGAGGAUGAAGAGAAUGAGGAGGAGGAGGAAGAUGAAGGAGACGACCAGGAGGGUGGUGAGGAGGAAGAGGAAGAGGAGGAAGAAGAAGAAGAGGAGGUGAAGCAAAAAGGGAAGGAUGAGAAGGAGAAGGAGAAGAAGAAGGAAAGUCCCACUGAGAAGAGCAACAAGAACUAA